CCAACCUUUAUCCCCAGCUUUAAUAAGCACUUUUUCUCUCUCAAAACACACACAUCGCUAUAUCAAGAAUCAUCAGAUCAGUUUAGCUAUGUUCUUGGUGCUUUUUAGCUAUUUACCAGCUAUCCUUCACAUCUCGCUCUCUUUCUCUCUCUAGACCACCAUUUUCAAUACUUCUCUUGCUAAUUUUGUUUUGCGUUUGUGCGUGUGAGAGAAAAAAGAGAAGGAGAAUAAUAACAGAGAGAGAGAGGAUCUCGUUAUGGAGUACGAGAGGAUACACAAAGUUCAGACUGGUAUUAUAUCGCCUAGUAAGUUGAGGAUGAAGCUUAUUGGGUCCCAGAGGAAAAAAGAUGGAUCGAAUUGUAAUUCUUCCAGAACAUCACCUUCUAGGCUAGAAGAAGACUCAGAGUUCGUCAACAACAGCUUGUUAGCAGACAGAGAUGGAAAUUCUGCAGAGGAAGCUUUGAAUUUAGAAGUCGAGCCCGUUAAAUCAGAUAUCACCUCGUCCAAUGGGGACUCAGCUCGAACUCGGGCUCAGCCCGAGUCAACCGGGUCCAGCUCGGUCCACCCAGUUCGAACAAUCGAAGAUGAGAAUCUCGAUUAUGACAGCACAUCGAGCUUUGAGUUCCACAAGGGAGAUCACAAGCCGCCACAUCAGCACGCGGCCGCCACACGAGCACUGAUGAGGCCCGUCUCGUCAAAAUGGAAUGAUGCCGAGAAAUGGAUAAUGAGCAGGCAAAAUGUUGUUCAGCCGAGUACUUUAAAGAGGUCGAAUUCGCAAAAUCAGGGGAAUAGGACUUCGGGCGGGAGCAUGGUUCGUGUGGCGCCUGAGCUGGCGGGCCUGGAGAGCAAGGCUUUGGUUAAACGGGUCGACUUUGUUCAGCCCGCUUUGCAAACGGGCCCGUCUAAGUUCGGUUUGGGCCCGACUGUGGAUUUGUGUCCGGAGAGUAAGGAUUUGAUGGAGGUGGAUGAUGUUGAUUCGGGUUUGCCGAGCACCAAGAGUGUGACUGAUGAAAAUAAUGGUCCCGCCAUAAGAUCGGUGUCCAUGCGAGACAUGGGAACAGAAAUGACCCCUAUCCCGAGCCAGGAACCUUCUAGAAGCCCCACCCCAGUCAGCUCCACGACCCCUCUUCGCAGCCCGACUUCUUCCAUUCCUUCGACUCCACGCCGGGGGGCGCCGGCCCCCACCCCUACAGAACACGAUAUUUGCAAUCAGACCCCUCAGGAUAAAACAGCCGAGCCCAGCGGAAGAAAGGAAUUGUCCGAGCAGGAAAUGAAGCUGAGGACGAGAAGGGAGAUUGUGGCGCUCGGUGUCCAGCUGGGCAAGAUGAACAUUGCAGCGUGGGCCAGCAAGGAUGAGAAGGGUAUUUCUGGAAAUGAAAAUGUGGGUGAUGACGAUGAUGAGGCCGAGCAGGUCGAGUAUGCGAAAAGGGCAGCUGCAUGGGAGGAAGCUGAGAAGUCGAAACACUCUGCAAGGCGUGGGAAAGCCCAAAUCGAGCAAAUGCGAGCGCAAGCUCAAGCAAAGAUGGUGAAGAAGGUGGCACUGGCAAGGCAAAAGUCGGAGGAAAAACGGGCCUCGGCCGAAGCCAAGAAAAACCGACAGGCUGAGAAAACAGCGGCCCAGGCAGAAUACAUUCGCCUAACGGGCCGGAUUCCAUCUUCUUCUCCUUUUCACUGCUGUGGCUGGUUGUAAAGUCCAGCCCAAUAAAAUUUGAAACAGUUAAAAUGGGCCAACUGUGUAGUGUACUUGCUACAAUUUCUGCAUAUUAUUAUACAUGUGUGUUAAAUUUACAGCCUUUUUGUAGUUGGUUCUGGUGACUGCUCUUUUUUUCAUGUGUGGUUUAGUGUUUGAUUUGAUAUUUAUUGCUGCAGUUGAUAUUUAUUGCUGCAGUCAUUGGGAUGAUAGAAGAAGUUACGAGUUGUUAAACCAACUGAGCCACUUGUGAGCUCGAAUUGGCUCGUCUCAUGAACAAGUCAAGUUUGAGCUUAUCUAAAGCUCGUUUAGUUAACAAUUGUCUCGAUAAGGCUUGUUAAGGCUCAAAAAGUUAAUUUUUGUAUAGUUUUCUAUAGCUCGGGUUCGAGCUUAUCUAGUUAAUAUUAAACGAGCUGGAGCUCGAGUUCCAUUUUUGUCUCCUUAAGGGCUCGAGCUCGAGUUUGGCUCGACUUGUUUACAACUCUACAAUAAGUAAAUUUUGAUGCUUAGGAACCAAAAAU